AUGGCAUUUCGCGUGCAGUUCGAGGGGAACAAUGAGGUCGGCGUCUUUGCCAAACUCACCAACGCUUACGCAUUGGUAGCCAUCGGCGGCUCUGAGAACUUCUACUCCAUCUUCGAGUCGGAGCUCUCGGACUCCAUUCCGGUGAUCCACGCGUCGAUCGCCGGGUGCCGUAUCGUGGGUCGCAUGACGGCCGGCAACCGACACGGCCUACUGGUGCCCAACUCGACCACCGAUCAGGAGCUGCAACACAUCCGCAACUCACUGCCAGACAGUGUCCGCAUUCAGCGCGUGGAGGAACGGCUGUCGGCGUUGGGGAACGUCGUGGCGGCCAACGAUUACGUGGCGUUAGUGCACCCGGACGUGGACAGGGAGACCGAGGAGAUCAUUGUCGACACGCUUAAGGUGGAGGUGUUUCGGCAGACGGUAGCCAAUCAAGUGCUGGUCGGCUCCUACUGCUCGCUGUCUAAUCAAGGUGGUUUACUCCACCCGAGGAUUGGUGUUGAGGCCCAGAAUGAGUUGUCAUCACUACUGCAGAUACCACUGAUCGCCGGCACUGUGAACAGGGGUAGCGAAGUGAUCGGCGCCGGUAUGGUUGUCAACGACUGGUCCGCCUUUUGCGGGUUCGACACCACGUCCACCGAGAUAUCGGUCAUUGAGAGCAUAUUUAAGCUGAACGAAGCGGUCGGUCCUAACGCUAUACAGACAUCCCUCAGACAGUCGCUCAUCGAGAGCGGCGACCCGACCGGUAAGGGCACCGGCGGUACGUCCAUAUACGGCGCCAAAUUCAAUGACGAGAUCCACCCUUCCCUCAAGCAUACCGGCGCCGGUGUGUUGAGUAUGGCCAACGCCGGCGCUAACACCAACGGCUCGCAGUUCUUCAUAACACUGGCGCCCACUCAGCACUUGGACGGCAAGCACACCAUCUUUGGCCGGGUGUCGGGCGGUAUGGAAGUGGUCGACAAGACGGGCAAAGUUAAGACCGAUAAGAACGACCGCCCCCUCCAGGAGGUUAAGAUUGUCAAGUCAUCCGUCAAACUGUAG